UGCGUGCAAAAAAAAAUACGCUAAAUGCAUAAGUGCAGCUAGAAGAAAACUGAAGAAAUUUUGUUGCACCACUAUUUGUAAAUUGUGAUUGAGGUUUGGUUUUUCCUUGCAAUCUUGCAUGGUUUUGCAUUUUUGAGUUAAAGUGACGUUUCACAUCGAGAUGCAGAUUUUCGUGAAAACCUUGACUGGUAAAACUAUCACGCUCGAAGUCGAGCCUUCGGAUUCGAUUGAAAAUGUGAAGCAAAAAAUCCAAGAUAAGGAAGGAAUUCCUCCUGACCAGCAACGCUUGAUCUUCGCCGGAAAGCAAUUGGAAGAUGGCAGGACUCUGUCCGAUUACAAUAUUCAAAAAGAAUCAACUCUACAUCUGGUGUUGCGUUUACGUGGUGGUGUUAUCGAGCCUACGCUUCAGAAGUUAGCUGAAAAGUACAAUUGUGAUAAGAUGAUUUGUCGCAAGUGUUAUGCUAGACUUCACCCGCGUGCUACGAAUUGCCGAAAAAAGAAGUGUGGACACACUAACAACUUACGUCCUAAGAAGAAGCUCAAGAAGUAAUAAAAUAUUUUCACUCAUGUUUAAAAAUAAUUAAUAAUAUAUUUUCAAUCAUGUUUAAAAAUUAAUAAAAUAUUUUUUUACUUUUA